AGCACCCAUCCCAUGCUCUGCUGUCUCCUCUCCAUGCCAUGACGCCGCUCAAUGCUACGCACGUUUCCGGCUCGACGGGACAGCAAAUUGCCCGGUCCCUAUCUCACACUGUUAUUGCCUUUCCCAAGUGCCGAAACACACCCCAGGGCUACCGUCAGGCCCGGAUAAAUUAACCGUCGCUUUGCAUCUCGGCGCCUCAGUGGCCGGCCGCGUCUGGUCUUCUUCCGCGUGUCCCCCACGAUGCUUUGCCGGGCCAUAUAUGGGGCACUGGCCCUGCUCUACGUUUCCAUCUAUCUCAGGCCGGUCAACACAGCCCGACCGCAACCCCGAAUACGCACAUAGCCGACCCGCCGCCAAGAGCCCCGAUACGCACAACUUCCAACCGAGGGCCGCCAUGAGAAAGAAACCGCAAGGACCCGCCUCCGAGGAGGGGCCGGAUGCGGCCGCCCUGGCGAAGCGUACAAACAUGGAGACCCCGUCGCUGCUCCAGAGGAUGGCCUACGCCUCCUGGAUGUACACCACGCAGAGCAUCAUCUCGGGCUUCGUAUGGUUUCACGAGUGGAAGGAGUGGUACUCUCCGCCGGACGGCCGCCCGGACAUUGUCAAGGCCUACGACUGCCGCCCUUAUCUCCCCGUCCGCAUCUUCUUCCCCGCCGACCACGACCAGUCCUCCUCGGCCCUGCUCCCGACCCUCAUCACCAUCCACGGCGGCGGCUUCUGCAUCGGCACGGCGCGCGACGCGGACGAGUGGAACCGCGACUUCGCCAACAAGCACAAGGUCCUCGUCAUCUCGCUGUCCUACUCCAAGGCGCCCGCCUCGCCGUUCCCGGGGGCGCUGCACGACCUCGAGGCCGUGUACGGCGCCGUGCUGGGCGACGAGUCCCUCCCGAUCGCGCGCGCGGGCGCCACGACGGGCGGCGCCGACGGCCGCGCGCGCAUCGCCAUCCUGGGCUGGUCCGCGGGCGGCAACCUCGCCCUGACGCUGUCGCAGCUCGCCAGCGUGCGCGACUCGCGCCACGGCGCGCCCGCGGCCGCCGUCACCGUCUACGGGGCGCUCGACCUGGCCACGCCGCCCGCGGCCAAGGUCAAGUCGCGCGUGUACAAGGUCAAGCUGCCGCAGCCGCGGGGCCAGUGGACCGACUCGCUGCUCCGGCUCGCGCCCGCCUUCGACUGGAGCUACGUGCCCUACGGCCAUGACCUGCGCGACCCGCUCCUCAGCCCCGCGUACGCGCCCGAGGCCGCCCUGCCGCCCUACGUGUGCGUCGUGGCCUGCGAGCUCGACAUGCUCGCGCACGAGUCGUGGCGGUUCGCGGUCCGCCUGGCCAACGAGCGCCGCCUCGGCGGCGCCGGGCGGGACCUGCCCGACGUCCUCGCCUGGGGUAACACGUCGCUCACCUUUGCCGGCAGGCGCGCGCCGAGCCGGCGCCGCGGCGAGCUGGACGAGGAGGAGGGCGGGGAUGAGCGGUUCGGGUUCGACGACGAGGCCGACGACGGCAGGGGCGGCGUCAAGUGGAUGCUUGUGCCGGACGUGCUGCACGGUUUCGACUGUAAGACGAUGCGGGAUAUGAUGGGCGACGAGGAGAGCAUCAAGGACGCCGAGAUGAAGACGAUCCACGAGAUUGAGCGGAUAGGGAGGUGGCUGCGGGAGAAGGCCUGGAAGGCGUGAGGGAUUUGGGUUGACAUGACGCCAUGAUUCCUGCUUCUUCUUUUUUUUCCUUUGCCACUGGUGGGCUUCCAUAACGGGCUGGCCUAGAUGACUACGCCCCCAUGUACCACUUUAGUGCGUGCACAUGAAGGCGAAAUAUGAAAUUCACUCUCAAAUGUAUUGAUCUCCUGCGGUACGAUGCUUGAGGGGCACAUCCCGGCCUUGACGCUUUGGGUGGAGUUUGACCAGUCCAUAGGUAUUUCCAAACAGGAGCAGACGUUAUGGAAUCUAUAAACGAAGCGUGGCCGAGGGGCACGUAACGCAUCACUUUGGUAUUGUAACCAUACAGGUAAGCGUUAUUUUCCAG